AUGACUGUCAACUUCCCCUUCGAAGGUUCCGUCAACGACGUCUACAAGUCGUUCCCCACAAUCACUUCCGAGCAGCAACAAAACCGUCGAUUGAGACCGAAAGGCGCAAUCAUGUCCACCUCCGACUUCAUCGAGGACCUGUUGUACAAUAAGCACUACGGAUAUUUCCUGAAAGAAGUCGAGAUCUACCAACCUGACAAACCGUUUGACUACAACAAUGUCAAAGAUGUGGAUGAGUUUGUGCUGAAUUGGCGACUGUCAUACACAAAGUAUCACCAUUCUUUACCUGGCAAGGAAAGCACAAAACAAAAGUCCUUGCAAUUGUGGCACACGCCUACUGAAUUGUUCAAUCCCUAUUAUGGUGAAAGCUUGGCAAGAUACAUUCUCCUCAACUACAAGCUCAAUGGGGACUACCCCUAUGAAGACUUGGUCAUUUACGAAAUGGGUGGUGGUAAUGGUACUCUCAUGUGCAACAUCCUCAACUAUAUAAAGAAACAUGAACCUGAAAUCUAUGAAAAGACACAAUACAAAAUUAUUGAGAUUUCAAACCAGCUUGCAGAGAAACAGGCCACUUCUUACACCAAUAAAUUGAAAGAAGAAGGCUUGAGUGCAGACAAAUUGGAGAUCUUCAACAAGUCCAUCUUUGAAUGGGACAAGGUUGUUGACGAGUCUUGUUUCUUUAUUGCAUUGGAAGUGUUUGACAAUUUUGCACACGAUGUCAUCAAGUACGAUAUGCACACUGGAGAGCCCUACGAAGGCAAGGUGCUUAUAGACAAGAAAGGCGAUUUUUAUCAAUUCUUUACACCCGAGUUGAGCGAGUACACUAGUGCAUACUUGCACCUUCGAGAAAAAGGUAACCAAUCGAUCCUCAACCAAUUAUCCACCUCGAAAGCCAGAAAGGAAAGACUCAAGAGCUUUUUCAAAACAGUGCAUCCUCUUUACGAAUCUCAAUUAAAACUCAAACUCAAAAACCUGAUUUUUCCAUUCAACGAUGACUUAUCGCCGCCAGAAUACAUUCCAACGAGAUUAGUAAAAUUCUUCAACAUACUCAAACACAAGUUCCCCAACCACUCAUUAAUCAGUUCCGACUUCCAUUAUUUGCCAAACACCAUUCCCGGCUACAACGGACCCGUGGUGCAAACAGUUUUGAACGGAGAGACAAUCGAUGUGAGAACAUACAUGGUACAACAAGGGUUCUUUGAUAUCAUGUUUGCAACAGAUUUUGAACUAGCCGACGACUUGUACCGACAAAUCACGGGUAAAGUGUCCAACAUCAGCACGCAUCGUGAUUUCCUAGAAAAAUGGGCAGACGUUGAGGCUACAACCACAAGAGAAGGAGACAAUCCAAUGUUGGAUUUCUACAGAAACGCUAGCUUUCUAACAAGUUAA